AUGGCAAGCUUCCCGCUGGUCCUGUUUUGUGCCUUCCUCCUCACUUUACUCUCGGAGGCGGGGGCUGUGCGGAUGUCGCACCAGGUGACCCUGGCUGCUGAAGCAAGCAGGCACGUUUCCCCCUCCUUUCUCGCCCCUGGAGGCCCUGAAAGUGCUGUUCAAAGCGGCCGCUCUCAAGGCCGCGUUGGUUUCGUAGAAGUUGGAAAAGGCCGUGAGGCUAAAAAAAAGAGCAGCCGUAAAGAAACAGAGGAAGAGGAGGACGAACGGGGGAGUCUCGAAGAGUAUCAAUCACAGGAAGAGGGCAGCCACCCAGGCGAUCAAAGUGAAGUGCAGGAGGAGGAGGAAGAGGAAGCGCUCGCGAAGGAGGGAAGAAGCAGCUCGAAGAAGAGGGAAUCUGACAAGGUAUCCAGGAGAUCGUCCAAAAAACAGAACGCGUCCGCGUACAAAAGCGCGUCAGGUGCGCACGCGUCAGGUUCAGACGCCUUGGACGAUGGCCAAGAUGAGGGGUCAGGAGUAGCAGAGGAAGAACAGUCAAGCAAGAGGCAAUCGGCAAGCGGCAGCACGAAGAAGGGAAAAUCAAAAGAGGUUGACGAAGAAGGAAGCGCCGCAGCCGACGAUGAGGGGGAGGAGGGCAGUGCUCAGGAGAGCCAGGGUUGGAAAGAAGAUGGCUCGGCGAAAGAAGAGGCGUUCGACGAAGGUUCGCCAGGUUCGUCGAAAAGAAGAGGUGGAGGCGCAUCAGAAAGGGAACACGAGCAAGACUCAGUGGCGGUCUCCUCGCGAGAGAAUGAAGGCUCUUCUCGCACUAAAAGGGAGAAGGGGAAGACAAGAAGCAGACGCCGGAAUCACGAGGAAGAGGAUGGGUCGUCUUCGGAGAUGGAUGGGCCGCUGCCAGCGAAACAGGCGAAAACUGCAAGUCAGGCAAACGGAGACGAAUUGAAGGAGACACCUAAGCAAUCCCAAGGGGAGCGGACGCCGCCUGAUCCCGACGCGCCACGCCUAGGGUAUAAGAACUGCAGCGACGUUUGCUCGUCUAUCGGCUGCAAAGAAGUUCUGAAUAGUGACGUGAAUGAUACGUUGGAAGGGUGCUGCACUACUGUCGAGUGCACGCAGUGUUCCGGCACCGGCGUCGAAGCGGACCAUAAAAGCUGCCGCAACUGGAGAAUGUCGCGUGCAAAUGAAAUCGUUCUCGCUAAUGGAAUUUUCAAAAUUCCACGGGGGACCGCCAAGGCUGGCGACGAAAUCCAUGUUCGCGUAGCCUGGGACCGGCCGUAUAUUAUGGGCGUCAACGCGUGUGCACCAGACCUGCGGCAGGCCGCCGCCAUCGCGAAAAAUACACUGGAGUUCCCUGGCCAGGAAGAGCGGAGCGCGCUCCAUUCCCUGAGUGCCGCGUUGCAGCCUGUGUGCCUCGCAAAUUCUGCCCAAAUAGGGCCACUGAAGCUGCGGCCAGACGGUCUCAGCCGCGUGUUCGCUUCGAGCUGGUUUUCCUUUCCUGCAUUUAGCACUCCUACGCUGCUGACCAAUGAAUUUUCAAUCAAGCUUCAUUGUGGACGGGACGAUUGCGCGGCAGAUAUGAUCACUGGCUGCGUCCGCAUCCUGUGUCCGGCCACGCUGCCUCAGGUGGAGGCGAAACUUCGUGCCAUUACGCCGGUUUCUGCCGCAACGGCUUCCGCGUUUCAUCCAGGGCUGAUGGCAGGGCAGAUGAUGGGUUUUGGAGUGUCGGCCCCCGGCUUCCCACAACCUGCUCUCGUUCCGAGACAUGCAGGAAUGAUGCCGAUGCAGCAUGCUGGAAUGAUUCCACUGAUGCCUGCCGUGCGACCUCUCGGGAUGGGAAUUGGUCGUUUUUGGAUGAUGCCUCGAUGA